AGUCAGACUCUCCAGCGAGGAGGACCGGUUUUAUUUGUCUGGCAGAAGGAGCCGUCGGCUGUGGAGGGUAUCGACUCUCUUUACGGUCCUGGUUCAAAAUAAAGACUGAACAAAAAGCAACGGGAUCCUCGGCAACAGGACGGGAGAUGGAUAACAGUAAACGGACUGUGGUCGUUACAGGUUUUGGGCCAUUUGGAGAGCACACGGUCAACGCCAGCUGGGUAGCAGUACAGGAAUUGAAGAAGCUCGGACUGGGCGGUGAAGUGGACUUGCAUGUAUCUGAGGUUCCUGUAGAGUACCAGACAGUCCAGAGUUUGGUUCCUUCAUUAUGGAAGCAGUAUCAUCCACUGUUGGUGGUUCACGUUGGAGUCUCAGGUAUGGCCACCACUGUCACACUGGAGAAGUGUGGCAGAAAUCAUGGCUACAAGGGCCUGGACAACAGCAGCUUCUGUCCUGAUUCACAGUGUUGCAUUGUGGGAGGCCCGGACUGUAUUGACUCAGUUAUUGACAUGGAAUCAGUCUGCAAGAGAGUGACCGCCUCGGGGCUGGGAGUAGCUGUGUCCGUCUCCAAGGACGCGGGAAGGUAUCUCUGUGAUUUCACCUACUACACGUCUCUGUACCUGAGCCACGGUCGCUCUGCCUUCAUUCAUGUGCCUCCUCUCGGAAAGCCUUACAGCGGGGAAGACCUGGGCCGUGCGCUGCAGGCCAUCAUCCGGGAGAUGCUGGAGCUUCUGGACCAGGCUGAGGAGAAAAUUCACUGCCAGCAGCACAUCCACUAAGUGACCUCCAGAUGCCAACCAGCCUCUCCAGCCUUCACCACACAAGAGAAAUUGCACAAAUAGCCAAACUUCUUUUUGUUUUUGUUGUCUUUACUUGGACAAAAUGAAAACUUCAGUGUAUAGGAUCUUUUCAGUGUUUGUUUCUCUUUGUUUUAGGUUUUUGCAUCAUGUUUUGCCUGAUUCUGUUAUGUUUUAAUGUCUCCCAAUGGUGAAAAGAUAAAAUGGGGGUCUCAAGACAACGCUCAGUCACGCUGUAACGUAAGCUUUUGUCCCACUUCUGAGGAACAUAAACAUUCUGACUUUAGAGUUUAAAAUAUGUAAAAAGCUGAAGAAAACACAGAAGCAAAGUGCCGCUCAUGGUUGUUUAUAUGCAGAGGGUCUUUAAUGUGGCAGAUUUUACAACCUAUAACUCCAAAUGUGACUCCUGCACCUUUUUAUAGGGUUAUUGAAAUCACAUUGAAGUCACAUUUGGAGAAACUGUUUAAUGUACUCUACAGAUCUAGUCUACUUUCAUAAUGUUUCAUCCUCAAAUUUUGAAUUUCACUCAGUCACAAUAUGUUUCAGUCAACAGGUGUUUGCAUCUGAAUGUCUAUAAAUGAUUAAUGUACAUGAUACAUUAUGGUUUUAAGUAGAAAUAUUUAGCAGUAAACUGUGUUUGCUAAUUUCUGUUUCCUUUUAACUACCUUCUAACUGUGCCAUUUCACACUUGAUGUUGAAUUGUUUCUUGAGUCCUUUUUCUUUAUAAGAAGUUGUAAAUUUGCCUUCUUUUACAAAGGUUAUUUAAAUCAGGGAACGGGUUGGUUCCAGCUCAUAUUCCCCCACUUUCUUGGCCCAAUUCUGACAGAAAACCCCCAAAUCCACCCCACUGGGAUCUGGCCCCAGACUGUGCAAUGUUAUUUUACAGAUCUCAAGAUGAGGGAUUUAGUUUUAGGUUUGUCAGAGUUCUGUUAUGGCUGCACAGUUAUUAGAGACAUUUUCAGAUUGCAUUAAACAAGAGUUUCCUGUUCUAAAUCUAAAUUGUAUAUCCAUUAAUAUUCUUUUUAAAUAACUGAACGAAUAGUAGAUCUUUUCUCUCUUGUUCAUUUAAUAUAAUGAGUUACUCACUGCACUGGAUUUCUGGGUAGUGAAAUCCUUUUUACUGAUUUGUAUCGUCAGUGUGUAACUUUACAAACUUGCACAACUUUUUUCUUUAAUCUUAAACUGUGUAGAAAACCUGCAAUUUGUAACAUUUCAAGACAGAAUUGCAAAGUUUUUCUUUUUUUCUCACAGUUGUGCAGCUGAAAUUGUUUGAUGAAGUUGGAUUCUCAGUUCAGUCAGAGUUGGGCCUGGAAUUUUAUUUCUGUAGUACUUUCUUUUUUUGUUUUUCAUUUUUACUUAAUCUGGAAUAUGGACAGCAAUUUUAGCUAUGUGAAUACUUGCAUUUUGUAUUUUUAUUUUCAAUCACAUUAACUUGAAAUAUGUAGCUUUCCAGACACACACACAUCCAUUUCUUAACCCCCUCCCCUCAAUAAUUACAAAUAUGUAUGUGAGGUAUGCUUUAUAGGUGAGUCAUGCUUUAUUUUCCUGAGUUUUGGUUUGUUCUGACCUUUUAAACAAACUGUGGCAGAUUCUGUCACUGUAUCUGUGAUGGUGCCACUCCCAGGUGUAAAUGUUCUGUUUUAUGGCUUUUAAAAAAUUGGAUUGUCUUCUGUUUCACUGUGUAGACCAGCGCUGGCGUGUCUGCUGAAUCGUCAGGACAGCCCAUGCCACCUAACACAGCUUCAGUUUGAUCAGUUUUAGUAGAGAUUCUAGCUUUGAUGGUCUGCAUUCUACUUCAGCACCCUGAACACUGUGUUUAGUGUUGCAACAGUAGUGGUCUCAUGGCCUUUCCUUGAGUUUUUACUUACAUUUUUUUUUUUUCACAAGUUGCAAGUUGGUGCCAGUGAGUCUGAGUAAAUUGUCAUUAUUUUUAGCAGUGUGUGUCCAAUUGCUAUUCAGUGUCAUGGUUUGUCCCACAAAGUAGCAUCCUCCAGCACUGAGCUGAACAGAAUUGAACUUCUUCUCAGACCAAGAUUUUAUCUUAGCAUUUGUCAUUCAACUUAGAUCUUGGUUAUGUGGUUUUAAAAUCUCUUAUGGAAUUGUUGAAAUGGUGGGCAGGUUUUAGUUCCGAGUUUGCAGGUGCUGAUAUUUUACUGUGUGGCUUUGUGAGUGCUGAGAAGUGAAAGGGUUGUGGAGGAGCUGCUCACAAAAGUGAAAGCCUCAAGUUUACAUAUGAGGUGACCUCUGACCCUGACUCUUUCCUGUGCCUUGCUGUUGUUUAUGUGUGUUAUGAAAAGGCCUUAAAAAACUCAGCAGGUCAGUUCAAAGAUAUAUUACUGAUGCUGUCCAGUCAGAUGUGUGGCUACCUCAAAAAUACUUUUUUAUCUCUGUGUGUGCCCUGUACAAUAACAUUGUGGCUCUGUGAUUUAUUGUGAGUUUCUCUGUUGAGGGAGAAUCCUCUAAAAGGUGUCUUCUUCUGCUUUUGACAUUAACAAAGCACUCUUACAAUAAGUAAUCUUGGCUUUGUAAAAGGAAAGGCUUUGAAAUAAAGAGAAUUAAAGGAUUACAAAUAAUG